ACAAGUUUUCUCCCGGAACUGUGAACAUGAAAUGAAGAGCAGCGCUGAUUGAAAUGGCGUCAGUCACAGCCCGUAACUGGGCUCUCUGCACGGCCUCUCUGUUAAACCUGCUGUUUGUCUUCAUUUCCGGCGCGGACUUCAUUCGGUUCGUGUCGUUUCGACCCAUCUAUCAUAACAUCACAGGGGAGACGACGCUUUGUCAAGACUCCAUCCCGUGGUCUGUGGCCUUAAAGGACAGUUCUGUGCUGUGGUCUCUCGUUGUGGAUCUGUGCUUGUUGGCGCUCUUCACUGUGCAACACAGCCUGCUGGCCUGGUCCCCGGUCAAACAGGCCCUGCAGUCGGUGCUGGGAGCCCUGAACAGGACUGCGUACUGCUUCACUACUGCACUCGCCCUUCAGCUCCUGACGAGUUACUGGCAGCCAGUGACUGGCGCCCCCUGCCUGUGGUCAGUGCGCCAUGCACCCUGGAGUAUCUGGUUCCCUCUCCUCUGCUUUGCGCUGCACUUCCUCUGUUGGGCCAUCAUCUGCAGCAUCCUCAUGAUUUUUGAUUACCCAGAACUACUGGGUAUCAAACAGGUGUAUUAUGAGUGCCUCGGUUUGGGGGACCCUUUUUCUCAGAAGCCACUGCCCGCUCAGCGCCUCCUGUCCCACCUCCGCCACCCCGUGUUCCUGGAGCUGGUCGUCAUCCUGUGGUUGCUGCCGGCCUUAUCCCUGGACAGACUCCUGCUGGCCGGGACGCUGUCUGCCUAUGUGGCCCUGGCACACUCCCUGGACAAACAGGAUUUAGCCUACCUCUGUGCUCAGCUUAAAGGCAAGGUGUGGUUCUUAUCCGAGCCGCGGCGAGGCAGUGUCGAGCAGAACGGCAGCAACCACAAGGAGAAGGUGGGAUAAUGUGGCUUUGCCCCUGUGAUCCGAAGCUAACUUUAUAUUUACAUGUUUCAAAGCUGGAUGUAACCACGGCUGUACUGGCAUCUUUGUGUUUACAACAUGUUAUGUUUUUAAAACCAUUGCAUGAGUUAUUCUUGAAAAAUGGUGUCUUAAUGAGACUUCACACUGGGACUAUUUUCAGUUUAUUACUAUUAGAUAAAGCAGGAAGAAAAAGUCUGGUUGCAUCCCUGACACUACAAUUAUAUUUUUAUGUAAACUGGCUUAAAACGUCAUCUCUGGAUAAUUCAGGCAAGUUAGUGUUACUUUAUUUAACAGGGGGAUGAGUGUUUCUCAAACAUUUAGUCUACUUGCAGCUUCCAGUACGGUAAUUGUUUAAUUUAGACAGCCACAUUCAUAAUAUGCAGUAUUUUGGACACCAGUUUGAUUAGAUAUAUUAACCUAUGAUGUUUUUUUUCUUCUAAUCAUAGCUGAUUUUAGUUUUUUUUUAAAGAAUUUUUGCUAAUCUUUUAUAGAAACCUUUAUAUUAUAAUGUCUUUAUAAAUAAGUUAUGAAGGUAACAGAGUCAAAAGUGUCCACCAGAUGGCAACUAACACUGUAUUCAGGUAAAAUUGCUAAUGCAUGUGAAAUUCCUCAGGAAAAAAACAUUGUGCUUAUUUCAAAUGUUGAACUAAAUGGGUUUAUUAAAGACGUGAAUUUUAUAAACACACAAA